GGACGUGGCGUCAAUUGAUGGACACCUUGCCCUCGUAACCUCCUGAAGGGUCGCGCACGACAACAAACCAUACUCGCACGAUUGCCAGAUAAUCCCAGUCAAGAUGGUCGUCCUCGCGGCUUCAAUCUGCACUCGCGGCGGGAAAGCUGUCCUCUCCAGGCAGUUCCGCGAGAUGCCACGGUCGCGAAUAGAGGCGCUCCUGGCCUCGUUCCCGAAGCUGGCCGACAGCGGUACCCAGCACACGACCGUCGAGCAGGAUAAUGUCCGCUUCGUUUAUCAACCUCUGGACGAGCUUUACAUGGUCCUCAUCACCAACCGACAGUCCAACAUCUUGCAAGACAUCGACUCGCUGCAUCUGUUCGCGCAGGUGGUUACCAGCGCCUGCAAGACUCUUGACGAGAGAGAAAUUCUGCGAAACGCCUACGAGCUGCUCAGCGCUUUCGACGAACUGGUGACGCUCGGCUACCGCGAGAACCUAACGAUGAGCCAGAUCAAGACGUUCCUCGACAUGGAGAGCCACGAGGAGCGCAUCCAAGAGAUCAUCGCCAGAAACAAGGAGCUCGAAGCCACCGAGGAACGGAAACGCAAGGCCAAGCAACUGGAAAUGCAGCGCAAGGAGUCCGCGCGGAGCGGUCGCGGUGGCAUGCCGAGGACUCCCGUAUAUCCUACAUACCAACCGCCAUCGCGGCCGAGCGCCGUUGACUCCUACGACACCUACGAAGCCGAAAAGAACAAGACAUACAACAAGCCAUCGGCGCUCAAGGCGAAAGGCAUGCAGCUCGGCAAGAAGUCCAAGACAAGCGACAUGUUCGAGCGUGUUCGCGGCGACAUGGGUGGCGAGGUGGACGACACCCCUCUGGUGACCCCGUCACCGGCGGCGGCUGAGCCUAUUGAAUCACGCAUGUCGUCAACUCUCGACCGGGACGCGAUUCACGUCACGGUUUCCGAAUCUAUCAGCGCUAAGCUCUCCAGAGAGGGUGCUGUCAGCUCGCUCGCCAUUAGCGGAGACCUCACUCUUCGCGUGUCUGAUCCGACCCUGACCAAGAUCAAGCUUGGCCUUCGGGCGGUUGCUUCGCACGGAGUUCAGUUCCGCACCCAUCCUAACGUGGACCGCAAUCUCUUCAACGGCUCGAAGGUCAUCCAGAUGAGCAACACCGCUCGGGGGUUCCCUGUGAACAACGCAGUCGGAGUCCUGCGCUGGAGAGCAUCGCCCAAGACUGAUGACACGAGCGCUUGCCCGAUCACGUUCACCGUGUGGAUCAACAAGGACUCGGACAAGUACAACAUCACAGUAGAGUACGAACUGACUGGUGGAGACGCAUUGAGGGACGUGAGCGUCGUGAUCCCGUACGCGGGUAGCGAGCCAGUUGUAUCCAGCUUUGACGCCGCGUACGAAGUCUCCGGAGACAUGUUGGAGUGGAACAUCGGCGCCGUGGACGACGAAAACCCCAAUGGCUCCUUUGAAUUUGAGGCAGAGAGCGGCGACGAGAAUGACUUCUUCCCAAUGACAGUCAGGUUCAGCAAGACGACGCCAUAUAUCGAUGUUGACGUCACCACGGUGUCGUUGUUGGAGGAGAACGAGGACGUGACAUUUUCCAAAGAGAUUAAGUCGACUGCCGAUAACUUUUCCAUUGAGUAGGGGUAGAUAGAUGGGCCGAGGAGCGAGCGACUUGCGGGAAUAGGCUUUCAAAAUGGGGCUCAAGGGGCCGAACAAACUUGGCAGUCGGGACGGGGGCGCAAUGACAUAUGGCACAAGGCGACGAGUCGAGCACACCAAAUCCAAGCGUGCCAAAUGGCUGCUAUGAUCAAUUUCAUGUCCAUCGAGUCAGCCAAUAGAG